AUGUCGGAAGAUCCAAAGUAUCCAUAUCCAUGGAUGCGAGAGCGCCGACGAGAGCAAAAUGCACGGGCUAAGCGGCGAAGUCGUCAGCGACAAAAGGCGCGACAAGUAGCAGGCCUCGAAGUUGUGAAACAGAGUGAGGGUCGGCUUCAAUUAGCGGUUUCAGCAGUCCCUGAACCCCUCUAUCAUGUUAGCAAUCACCCUGCAAUCUCGCCUUGCUGUAUGCAACAUCAUCGCAGUGCUAAGCCACACCUUUUAUAUCGAGAGCUGUUAGGCUAUUUCGCUAGCGUUUCUGAUCUAGAGAACGUCGCGAAAAUUCUGGACGCGGAACAACUCGGGGUUGCGUCCAUCCUCAAAUAUGGUAUUAUUGCGAUGGGCGGAGCCCUCGAUAAUCAUUUGUUUGAUCUAGCAAAUCAAACAUGCUUUUGCUGCUGGCUCGAGUUGAUUAAAUCUGACCUCAAAGUGUCUUUCAACUUUGGACUGGCCUUGUACUCCGGGGUUCGUCGUCUAUCGCAAAUGAAAGGACCUUCUCGGUGGAGUAUCGACGCUGUAGGCAUUAAUACAGCAAGAAUGUUGUUGCAGAUCGAACCGCAAUCCAGCGAUCUGAGAACAAUCAAACUCACGAGCUUCUCAAGCACUUCUGCCUUUCUCGAAAAUGCCAGGCAGUUAGGGUUAUCUUUGGGCGAUUUUGUAGAUGAUGGUUCGGAAUCGCCCUUUUGUUCCCGGUACCAGCCCAUUUCCUACCAUACCUUGGCUGCAGAUCUCCAACCCACCCCGGAGCAACUAAAGAUCCCCCAUCAUCCCUAUCUGGACAUUGUGCCAUUUCCCUCCUUUCGUGCCAAAGCAUUGAGAGCAAUCUCAUCCGGGACCCCAGCGUUCAACGAGGAUGAGCUGUGUUUUGAUCUGGCGCAUGAUAGCAUGCGGUGUUGGGGUUCGACGGCGACUUCUUUACAUGGCCGUGGAAACGGGACCCCUUGGGAUGCGCGCAGCUGGGAGGUCUCCCCCUGGUUCUUGAAGAAAUGGGGUUUCCUUGUUGGAAACGAGGAUGACGCUAUAUAUCAAAACAGUCUCUGGUGGUGGUCCCAGAGGUAG